AAUGGCAAACACUGGCCAUGGGAACGUCGUUAAGUGGCUAAAGAAGCAAACUCCUGAGUCUACAGUCUAUGUUUCUUUAGGGAGUGAGGCCACAUUAAGCAACGAGCUCGUGCACGAGCUGGCAUUUGGGCUUGAACUCUCUGGCCUGUCGUUCUUCUGGGCUCUCAAGAGGAAGGGAGAAGAGGUAGAGCUACUGCCGAAGGGGUUCGAGGACCGGAUCGCAGCCCGUGGGAUGGUUGCCGUGGAUUGGAUGCCUCAGCUGGAGAUUCUGGCAUGUUCGUCUGUUGGGGGUUUCUUCACACACUCUGGUUGGAGCUCGUUCAUCGAAGGGCUUGCAUUCGGGCAUCCACUCAUCCUCCUGCCCAUUUUCGGCGAUCAGGGGAUCAACGCUCGGGUGAUGGUGGAGAAGAAGGUCGGGUUGGAGGUGGAGAGGGAUGAGGAAACUGGCUCGUUUACGAGGGAAGCCGUGGCUAAGGUAUUGAGAUUGGUGAUGGUGGAAGAAGAGGGAAAGAAGCUCAGAGAAACAGCUAAACGAAUGAGGGAGGUCUUCAGUAACAAGGACAUCCAUGACCGUUACAUGGAUGCUUUCGUUCACUACUUGAAAGAUCACAUGAGAUGCAGAUCAUUGGCAGUGUAAUCUGUGGGUCAUCUUUCACCGUA